CUCUAUACCCCUUUGGUUAUUUUCGACUCUAUUCCUGUGCAACUUUUUCUUUUUAUCCUUCUCUGCCCUCUUCUCUCUAGGCCUCGACCAAUUUGAUCGUCGGUCAAACCUUUUCUUUUUCCCAACCCCUCCCUUCCAGAAGACAAUAAAAUAAUUCUGCCCAAACCAUGCCUUCUUCGGCUCCCGUGUUGCGGCCAAACAAGCCGCAGGCCGUGAAUGCCCACAAGCCUGAAGCGCCGAUCAGUUACGACAUCAACAUUCCCUAUGUGGACGUCAAAAAGGAGAGCUAUGCCCGCACCAGGUACCCCGAGUAUCUGCCGACUUGGGACAAAAUCUGGUUUGAUCCACUGCCUCCAUUUGAGUACGAAGAUCCCGCCCUGCGGGUUAAAGACACCUCCAAGCGUAAUCUGUUGAGCGGCAACGCCAAGGUCAACCACAUCCAACCUCAAAUUGGAAGUGUUAUCGAAGGUGUCCAGCUGAGCCAGCUGUCGAACGCGGCCAAAGAUGAACUCGCAUUGCUUAUCUCCGAGCGCAAAGUUGUCGCUUUUCCUAACCAGGAUUUAAUCGAUGCGGGUCCAGCGCGCCAGGAAGAGUUUAUGCGCUAUUUCGGUAAACCCAAUUAUCAGCCCGUUUCGGGUUCGGUUCGCGGCCAUCCAGGUUUUCACGUCAUCCACCGCGAUGGAAACCGAGACGAGAUUGCGCGCUUCAUGGAGCAGCGGACAACGACCACGCUUUGGCAUCAGGAUGUGAGUUACGAGAUCCAGCCCCCCGGCUAUGUCAUGCUUGGAUUGUUGGAGGGCCCCGAGGUGGGCGGUGACACCGUUUUCGCAGCGACCGAUAUGGCGUACAAGCGCCUUUCUCCUACGUUCUGCUCCUUUUUGGACACUCUCAAGGUGGUUCAUUCUUCUGCGAAGAUGAUCAACCACACGCGCCUAACAGGAGGUUUGGUGCGCAAAGACCCAGUUGACACUGUCCACCCUCUUGUUCGGGUGCACCCUGUUACCGGCGAGAAGUGCCUGUUCCUCAACGGCGAAUUCAUCACCAAAGUCCAGGGUCUUAAGGAGCCCGAGCAGCGAUGCCUGCUCGACUUCCUCAUGAAUCACAUGAUGACUGGCCAUGACUUCCAGGCUAGAGUGCGAUGGCAACCCAAGACAAUUGUGAUGUUUGACAACCGCAGCACUCUCCACUCUGCAAUCGUUGACUACCUCGAUGAUGACUUCGGCGCCAAGGCGCGACACAUCUUCCGCUUAAUCGCAUUGGCCGAGAAGCCAAUUCCCGUUCAUGACGAAUUCGAGUAAAUGAUACCAAUUUGUUUGCCUCGGCAGUCGGAAGUGGAAAAACAAAAGAAAAGAAAGCACCAAAAGUACUACUAAUCCUCUGUUUCAUGCAUGUGCAUGGCCCAGGCGUUGCAUGAGCAUAUCUAGCUCCUUCACUUUGCUUUUUUCUUUU